AUAUAAGAGGUGUGAUUUUCAGAAAGCGAAUACAAACCGUUUCACCUUUCGUUCACCAAGAUGAUGAAAUCUGUAAUCCUAGCAGCAGCACUACUGUGCGCAGCAUUGGCCACUCCUCCAUAUUAUGGUGGAGGUAGAGGAUACGGAGGCGGAAGCUACGGCGGUUUGUACGGAGGCGGAGGCUACGGAGGCGGAGGCUACGGCGGUUUGUACGGAGGCGGAGGCUACGGCGGUUUGUACGGAGGCUACGGUGGCGGAUACGGAGGCGGAUAUGGAGGUGGAUAUGGAAGCGGAUACGGAGGGGGCUACGGAGGCGGAUACGGAGGCCUCGGUGGUAUGUACGGAGGCUACGGUGGCGGAUACGGUGGACUAGGUGGCGGCUACGGCAUGUACGGAGGCGGAGGCAUGUACGGAGGCGGGGGCUACGGGGGUUUGUACGGAGGCUACGGUGGCGGAUUAGGGGGCUACGGAGGCGGAUACGGAGGCGGAUACGGAGGUGGAUACGGACGAUAUACGAAAGGAAAAAAGUAUUGAUGAAAUGUCGACCAUAUUUUGAACAACGGACCUUCCACUUUCUCAAGAC